AUGUGUCUGUGUCCAUGGGUACUCAUACAUUUUUUCACCGCACUGAUAGUGGCGGCACUCGCUCUCAGCCAGCUGGACAGCUGUCUGGCCAUACAGUGCUAUGACUGCAAUUCAGGGAAUAAUGCAAAUUGUCUCACAACAUCAGCGGGUCUGAAUGAAGUGGCCUGCACAACCAAUUGUUUCACUUCUGCAGAUGCUAAUGGAGUUAUAACUCGCGGAUGCCUGGCCGAAGGCGCCACCUGUACUGCUCCACUUUGCAACAGUUGCAACACCGACAAGUGCAACACGAACCUCGUGUGCUACAUUUGCACGGGCGAAAGCUGCAACGCACCCACCAACGCCACGCUGGGAGCCUGUGGAACUGCCGAUGGUCAGUGCUACACGAUCGGCACGAGCGCCACUGACAUGCAGCGUGGUUGCACCUCCGAUACGGGAGCCAAGUGCCUGAAGGGCAGCACGGACGCCAACUGUGCCAUUUGCCAGACGACUAAUUGCAACAGUCUGCAAUACGAACGGGAUGCUGGCAGCUGCAUUCAGUGCACCGAUUGUGCGGGUGCCCAGGAAGCAAGCACUGCCAAGACGUGUGGCACUGUGAAGUACAACCAGGAGAGUCUCGGCUGCUACACCCUCUUCAAUGGCACCCGCGGCUGUGUCACCACGGGACAGGCUGCCUGCACCGCAGAGAACAAUUGCACUGCAUGCUCGGGGGCGGCAUGCAAUGUGGCGGCGCAGGGAUUCCAGUGUGCUCAGUGCAACACCCUCACAAAUGUCAACUGCAUGAAAGGCGUUGGCACUCCGGUCACGUCAUGCACGAACACUUGCUUCUCCGGAUAUUGGAAUGGAGCUGGUAUACGCGGCUGCUGGGAUGAAGCCAGCGAGCUGAUGCAGUACCAAUGUGUCAACGAGAAGAGUCACGACUGCAAGCAAUGCACAACUAGCCUCUGCAACGUGGUGCCCUUCUCUGGAGCAGCCACCAUUAAACAGCUGGGUGUGGGUCUGCUGCUGGGACUCGCCCUGGCCCUCCGCUACGCCCUGUAAGCCAGCCGCUUGGCAUUCUUGUUGUAUUCCAAAAUGGUAUCUAUAAAAACUAAUCACGGCGCUUGGCCUAUGACUAAUGCAUACCCCCAAAGGAAAGCAUAACACAAUUAUGAUAAUAGUUAGGAAUAUUUGUCUAAUCACAAAUAAAAGUCUUGUACAUAAUGUAUACAAAAAUAA